AUGUCUAUUGUGAAAAAUCUAGUCUUUUUUUUAAUCUUAUUAGUCAAACAGAGUAUAACAAAUGAUGAGUUUGAUCGUUUACCAAAGCCUCCAGUAAAUUAUCGUCAUUUUGUUGAACAAGCUGGUAAAACUUACAAAAUUUUGGGUUCGUGCAGUGAAGUGAAACUCACUGAACCUAUGUCUCGUUGUGUUAUACAAAUAGGUCAUAAAUAUAUGCUUAAAUAUAUGUCUAUUAAUUUUCCUCAAGAAUCAAUUGGAAGUGGAGUUAUUAUAUUUAAAUCGAUCGAAAAUUAUAUAUCUUCUAUUAUUAUUUUAACAACAUUUCAUAUAGUUGUACCUCAAUUGGAUUUAAGUUUCUUCACGUUUGCUGCUAUUACUUUUUUAACGACAUUAAUCAUUCUAAUAGGAUCGCUUAUCUUUUAUUCCUCGAUUAUUUCUCAACAACUAUUCCGAGUGUUUUGUGGUUUACUUAUAUAUAUGAUAAUUUGCACAUGCUUUAUGUAUUAUAUUAUAUUAAUGAUUUAUCCAUUUCUAUUUCAAUCGUUGUUUCGAAUUCGUUUAGUACCUGGAGGAAAAAAUGAUUUCAAUAUGGGAUCAUAUUCAAUGGGUUGUCAGUUAAUAUCAUCAAGAUUAAUAUUGUCAAAAGAUUGGUGGGAUGAUAUAGGUUAG